AUGAGCAAGCCAUCAGGGAGUUCCAAGCCUGCCCCAUGGCGUCACCUGCUUGACUCUCAUCUAAAGCAAACACCCGAUUGGGAGUUUACAAUCGCGACAGUUGCAUACGACGCCCAACAGCGCCCUGUACCUCGCCUGAGGACUUGUGGCUGCCGUGGAUUCUUUCCAGAACAUGAUCUCCACCCCAAGGGUCAGGAAGCUAUGGACCAGCAGGUGAAGGGUGGUGGCAAUCUACCAGUCUUCGAAAGUGAUAUGCUGUGCUUCACCACUGAUGCUCGAAUGGAGAAGCUUUCACAGCUGGAAUCGUCGGGUCACGCAAUUGAAGCUGUAUUCUGGCUGAAGGAUCUUAUGACCCAGUGGCGCAUUAAAGGCACAGCAUACGCAAUUGGAGACCCAAAGCGGGAAAAUGAACAACAAGAAAAAUCAUCCAGAGCUGAGAUAAUGAAGUCAUUGAGAGUGAAGGGUGGUAAUGGACAAGACGUGGAGGGAUGGACCUGGGAGAACGCUGUCACAAAGUACUUUGCAAACCAUUCCCCUGUUGCGAGAGGCUGGUUUCGAAAUCCCCCUCCAGGAAAACCUAGGGUCACGGUGCCCAGUGAAUCUGGUCUUGGUCUAGGAAAAAAGGUCACAGAUCUUAAUGAUCCAGUUGCUAGAGCAAACUUCCGUGUGGUUGUUAUAAAGCCGGAAGAGGUUGAACGUCUAGACCUUACCAAUCAGGAAGAUGGCAAGAGAUGGAGUUGGAACUUAACGGGAGGUGGCUGUGAUGGUGAUGCUGAAUGGAACCAGACGGAACUGUGGCCAUGA